CACAACACAACAUCAGCCCCUCGCAGCAUCCGCAUCUCACGGCCAGGAGGACCAGGAGCACAUCUUCAUCUAAGCAUCCAUUCCACAACUGCCCACCACCGUCUGCGCACCGCCGACACAGGCGCCUUCAUCCAACGCUUGCUAUUUUGUUUUCGCAUCGGCUCGGAUUAUUUUCUUUGUUGCAAUUUAUAUUCUCCGAGAUGGUUUUAUGUUUUUAAUCUCGUCUUGUGAGGAAAAACAGACUUGGGACGCGGAGCAUCAUCGUUACAGCGCAAUCCUAUUCUCUGUGAGCAGGAGAUCUGCAGUGGCCAUCCGGAGACGCAGAGAGCUGAAAUACAACAGAGGCUGUUUAAGUCGAGGUGAUCGUUAUCCCCCCCAGAGAGCUUCCCACCGGACUAUUUCCUCCUAGGCUUUAGAUGCCCAGCGGCAGCCUGUAGCCCGGGACUCCCAGCUCCCCCAAGCAUUGAGGCUUUGAGACCCCCAGGAUCUCCCCUGGCAGACGCUCUUCUGACCCAGUGCGGCUACAGCCCCUGGACGCCUCCCCGCAGUCACCAUGGGAACCGUGCUGUCUUUGUCACCUAGCUACCGAAAGGCGGCUCUCUUCGAGGAUGGACCGGCCACUGUGGGCCACUACACAGCUGUCCAGAACAGCAAGAACGCCAAAGACAAGAACCUGAAGCGCCACUCGCUCAUCAAUGUGCUCCCGUGGAAGCGGAUUGUAGCAGUGUCAGCCAAGAAGAAAGGCUCCAAGAAGGUGCAGCCCAACGGCAACUACCAGAACAAUGUCACCCACCUGAACAAUGAAAACCUGAAGAAGUCGCAGUCAUGCGCCAACCUGUCCUCCUUCACCCAGGAUCAGAGCACUCCGGCUCUCACCAAGAGCUCCAACACAACAGUAUCGUCCGUCAAGAAGGCCCCUCUGGCCAACUCCAAUGCGGCCCCCGGGACCCCUAAGAGAGUGAUUGUCCAGGCCUCCACCAGUGAGCUGCUGCGCUGCCUCGGGGAGUUUCUGUGCCGGCGUUGCUACCGGCUGAAACACCUGUCACCCACUGACCCAGUGCUGUGGCUGCGCAGCGUGGACCGCUCCCUGCUGCUCCAAGGCUGGCAGGACCAGGGCUUCAUCACCCCUGCCAACGUGGUCUUUGUCUACAUGCUGUGCCGUGAUGUGGUCUCCUCCGAGGUGGCCACAGAGCACGAGCUGCAGGCCGUGCUGCUUACCUGCCUGUACCUGUCUUACUCCUACAUGGGCAACGAGAUCUCCUACCCUCUCAAGCCCUUCUUGGUGGAGAGCUCCAAGGAGACCUUCUGGGACCGCUGCCUGUCCAUCAUCAACCUGAUGAGCGCGAAGAUGCUCCAGAUCAACUCCGACCCGCACUACUUCACUCAGGUGUUCGCUGACCUGAAGAAUGAGAGCCAGAAGGAGGAGGAGAGGAGCCGCCUGCUCAUCGGCCUGGACCGGUGAGGGGAUGCUGGGGGGGAGGAGAGGGUUCAGAGGAGGAGGGGGGUACUCCAGUCUGGCAUUUUGACAAGUUUGGAAGAUUAUUUGUGAUGCAGUUUAUUUAUUAUUGUCCAAACUGUGGUGGGAGGAGGCUAAUUAGGAAGUAUUUGACAUUUAUAACACCUUUGUAUCUGGUAAGAGAAUCUACAGCUCUGCAGCGGGGUUCAGUGAUUGCAUCUGACAGAUAACAGUUGCAAUAGUCACCUAAAAAUGGGGCAUAGUGUUUAAAAAGCAAGAGCACUAAUCCGCCUCUUCUUGAAUACAUGUUAUCAUGGAGGCCAGAUUCUAUUUUCAAACGAGCAAAGGGCGGAUUUCCUGUAAACUUGAGAAUGAAAGCUUUUUUGACAAUGAUAUAUAAACAAAACAAAAAAAUGCCAGACUUGGGUAAAUCCUUUGCUAACGUACAGAUAUAUAUAUCUAUAUGGAAAAAAAAAAACAAUUCAGACAAAAAGACACACACACACACGAAAAAAAACAAAAAAAACAUUAGAAAAGGAAGCAUACAUCUACAGCAAUGAAUGUGGACAGGACUGAGGCUGCAGCAGCCUACCAGUGACCUGCUGACUGUUUGACGAUGUGAUGUGCACUGCCUACUGCAGGAGGGUGAGGGCCAUCGCCUGACUGGCUUUCUUCAUGCAUCACGGAUGAACAGGCAUCCCCCGGCUGCAAACCCUGGCUCUUUGGAAUGCCAACACCACGUCCCCUCCAUUAAUACGGAUACGGCAGGACUUUUUCUUUUUGCUGCGAUGCAUAUCUGAGGGAACAGCAGGGGCCUUCAGUGCUGGAUCCAUACUUUUUUGUGGGUUUCUGUUUGUGGCUCUACAGCAGGACUUAUACUGUACAUGGUAAGACUGGAUGGACAAUAAGCAAACACUGCAUUGUGGGACUUUUGAUAAGAAGACAACAGCCUGGGGACGUGUGGCCAGCGAUGAGUGGUCAUACUGUGUGUGUGUUCAGAAACACCUACUUUAUUUUCAUCUAGAAAAAAAUAAAAGAACAAGUUAAUGGAUGUUUUACUCCCCAGAGGCUUACACCUAUGGAGGCUUAUUUAUUGCUUUUCUGGAACAAGUUUUCUUUGAUUUCUUUCUUUUUUACUUAGAAAUGUAAUGUUUUGCACGUGUGCCAUGCAAUUUUACAGAGUUUCCAGGAGGGCAGGAGCAAUUAUUACGUUUCUUCUUUUUACUUGAUUUGUAAACCAACUGCAUCUGCAUUAGAGAAUGCUGUGAAAAAAGUGACACUAGUUUUUUUAGCUAUGCUUGCUAAAAUAGGCUAUUUGUUUACCAGGGAAAUUCUUUUUGUACUUUUGUCGAUAGGUUGUGUUGCAACCACUUUGGAAUGAUGUUUAAUUUUGUGCUUAUUAUUCAGCAUAGAAAAUGUUAAAACAGUGCCAUAUCUUUGAUGAAAAUCCCACAGGUCGGAAAUACUGUACUGUUUGUCCAGCUGUUAAAUGAUGGGGUGGAUUUUCAUCUCCUAAUAACUACUUACUGACACCUAAUUUAUUGCCAUUUACGUAUUUAUUUAGGCGCAUUUAAUGUAAAUGAAAGAUUAGAUGAGAGACUUUGAAAAGGGAAGGGCAUGGAGAGGGGUUUUGCUGGUAGAGCAGGUGUGCUUAUCUUUGGUGGGAAUGAAGAUUGAUCUGGUUUAUACAAACGAGCGUUGAAGGAAUUUAUUGAUCAGUGUCUAAUUAAAAAAGCCCUGAGGUCAAAACCAAUGUCAAAUCUGACCAUCACCAAAGUGAUAUCAUCAAGGACACCUUACCCGAACAACACAUCACUGACCUUAUACUUAAGAAAAUGCCCCCCAAAAAACAUCUUUUUGUCCUGCACCUCUGGCCUGUAUGAGGAGCUAACCAAACCUGCGGUCCCACAUAUCAGAAAGAGAAAGCACACACGUUUCUCCAGGGGAAUAGAUCACUUCAAUGACGCUCGGUCGUUCGGCAUCACUGCAGAAAAGCACAGCUUACCUUGAGAAUAAUCCAUCAGCAUCACCUCUGUGUAAUUUAAAUGUGAGGUGACCUCACAUCCAUCUAGGGGCUGCAGGAAGAUGAGGCGACCUCCAUGGGGGAAUAAUCACGUUUUCAAUCAUAGAGACCACUUGACUGAAACGACACGCUGCAGAGUGCGAUGGCAGCGACGUGACAACCAAAAACAGAAAGCAUGCAGAACAGUUUCUGUUUCACGGGAGAAUAGUUGAAGCUACUUCACUGCAGCUAUCUGCCGUCUCCGUAAUGACUGCAAUCACCGGAGAAGCUACAGUAUUUCCAUCCAGAAUUGUAUGAGAAAUGUUUUUACUGGUUUCCACAUCUCAUCUCAAUAUAGACGAAUCGUGCAUACUCUCUUUCUUUAGCAGUGUUCUGAAAAGCGUAAUGGGCUGGUUGUGCCAACUAAAUGCUUCUGUCAUGUUUUAAAGUUGUUCCCAGAGGAUGGAAGGCUUCUCCGCUGCCUUGUUAGUGUGAAUCAGAGAAAAUGAGCAGCUCUGGCGGUCACGACCUGCGACCUCCUCUGCUGUUGGAUUGUGGCAGCCAUAUGGAGUUAGAUCAGUGAGAGAAAGUUAAUUUGGAGUGUUUGUACUGGCACAAUAGGGGGACUCGCACUUUGGAUGGGCUUCUGCUCUGGCAGAAUAAAGCAGGGCAUCGGGGUAAAGGGCCUCAAAAAAA